UCUCGGGUCCCCCCAAUCAACGUGACCCACGUGUGACUCGUUCUCUUUCGCCGGCCAUCUUGAACGAACCAAAAAAAUGGCAGCGCGCCCUGUCAUAACAGUCUUUAAUGAAAAUGGAGAGAAGGGUGGACAGACCACACUCCCAGCGGUAUUCAAAGCUCCAAUCCGCCCAGACGUAGUGUCAUUUGUACACUCAAACAUGUCCAAGAACAAGCGUCAGCCCUAUGCCGUCAACAAGCUGGCGGGUCAUCAGACAUCAGCGGAGUCUUGGGGUACUGGUCGUGCCGUGGCUAGGAUCCCACGUGUGAGGGGUGGUGGUACACAUCGCUCUGGUCAGGGUGCUUUUGGCAAUAUGUGUCGUGGAGGACGUAUGUUUGCACCUACCAAAACCUGGCGCAGAUGGCACCGCAAAAUCAAUGUCAACCAGCGCCGUUUUGCUAUGUGCUCUGCUCUCGCAGCCUCUGCACUCCCUGCUCUGAUCAUGUCUCGUGGACAUCGUAUUGAGAACAUUGAAGAGGUUCCCCUUGUUGUGGCAGAUUCUAUCGAGUCUGUUACAAAGACAAGUGCUGCAUUGAAACUUCUCAAGGCUAUUAAUGCCUACAAUGAUGUAGAAAAAUGCAAAGAAUCGAAAAAAGUCCGUGCCGGCAAGGGUAAGCUACGUAAUCGUCGAACUGUAAUGCGCAAGGGACCACUGAUCAUUUAUAACCAAGACCAAGGCAUUCGUCAAGCAUUUAGAAAUCUUCCAGGAGUUGAUCUUCUUCAAGUUGACAGACUAAACCUACUCAAACUUUGUCCUGGUGGUCACCUUGGAAGGUUCAUUAUCUGGUCUCAAGGUGCUUUUGAAAAGUUAGAUGGACUUUACGGAACAUGGAAAAAGCAGUCUUCAGAAAAGAAUAGCUACAAUCUUCCACGUCCAAUGAUGACCAAUUCUGACCUCAAUCGACUCAUCAACAGUGACGAGGUUCAGUCUGUUGUUCGUCCCACCAAACCCAGGGGCCGACGUGCACCACUCAAGAAGAAUCCUCUGAAGAACCUGGGAGUGAUGCUCAGACUCAAUCCUCAUGCCAAGAGCACCAAGAGAGCCGAGAUAUUGACUGUGGAGCGCAGGAAGGCUGCUAAAGCAGCUCUGCUGGCUAAGAAGAGAGGCACCAAGUGAAUAAAUAUUACAGGGCUUCUAAUACAUUGCAAUUAAAGAUGUAUCAAUAAUA